UUAUCUCUAAAGGAUAGAUUCCAGAGGUAUCCAGGUAUUUGAUUACAGAAUCAAAGGGUAAGACUCAUUUACGUUGACAAACUUUUCCCCCAAUGUGGUUGUCCUAAUAAUUUACACCAAAUAUGAGACUCAGAUCCCUCAGUUAUAAGUGGGAGGUGUGAGAGAUUAAGCAUAGGUGUGCAGACCACUCUCAGUAUAGUCCAGGUCAAACAUGCACAGCAUUUGGAAGGUUCAGGAAAUGCUCACUUGUUUGCACACACACUCAGACUUUAAUGUAAAGAACCUCCUCCCAUGCAUGAAAACCAAAUUCUAAAGAGUCCCAAAACUCCAAAACCAUAAGUUUUCAAAAGGACUUGUACUUCCAGAAGGUGAAAAAAAAGCUCUCAAUUAGGACCCCAACCUCAAAGUGCUAACCAGAAAUAUAACACCUAUACACAGAACUGGUAUUUUAAUCAGAUUAACAGAAAGCCACAUGCAAAGUGGAAAUAAACAAAAGUAGUCAGGCUGGACAGGUUGGGAGAGGCCUGGUACCCAAACUUGAAAUUGGCACUACUUUGCACUAGAGAACUAGCUAUAAUUUCUUUACAUCUGCCCUGGAAGGCUGUCCAUUUUUAUUCUGCUCAUGGAUUACAGCAACAUGAUGAGAUGUUGUAAAGCAACUCUAAGAGGCAUGAACUGAUAUGAAAUACUUUCUUGGCCCUUGACAUACUCCCCCCAUACUAUACUCAGCCCAAGAGUUAACUUUCCUCAGGAGUCUCUAAACCACAAAACCUUCUUUUUUUUUCACUUCUAAAACUCUUUUGCUUUCCAUGUAUUUUCUGACAGGACCCACGAGUAUUUCCAAAGGCUUAGCUAUAAAUUAGAAUGCAUAGCACAUCAGGGACAGCUAAUUCACCUAGAGGAGGAUCCAGCUCUGAUUAAUUUUUCUUUCCUUACCCUGCUCACAACAGGAUUCCCAACCUACCAACUAGCCUACUGACACUGCCACACAAUUGAGCCAUCAUUCAUUCAUUCAAAUAUUUAUUGUGCUCUUAUUAUGUGUCAGGUCCCAUGCCAGGUUCUGAUAAUUCAAAGUGGAUGUUGAAUCAAUAAUUUCAGCAUCAUUCAUUGACCAAUUGUGUGACCUUGGCCAAGUAAGCUAAUUACUCUGAGCCUUGGUUUCCUUAACUGUAAAAUGUGGGAUAAUAAUGGUACCUUGCAGAGCUGCGGUAUUGUGCGGUGGGGAAGAGGGAUGGAUUUGUAAACCCUGGAGCGAGGUUCUGCCUACCUGAGGGCGCUACUGUACGGAGACCCUGGAUGAAGCCACCAUCACCAUGUCUGACCAGGAGGCAAAACCUUCAACUGAGGACUUGUGGGAUAAGAAGGUAGGAGAACACAUUAAACUGAAAGUCACUGGACAGGAUAGCAGUGAGAUUCAGUUCAAAGUGAAAAUGACAACACACCUCAAUAAACUCAGAACAUCACACUGCCAAAGACAGAGUGUUCCAAUGAAUUCACUCAGGUUUCUCUUUGAAGAUCAGAGAAGUGCUGAUAAUUACACUCCAAAAGAAAUUGGAAUGGAGGAAGAUGUGAUUGAAGUUUAUCAGGAACAAUGAUCAAUGAUUCAAUGAUUUAUAUAUUCUUCUUUUUUUUCUUUACCCUCAAUCCUUUUCUAUUUUUAAAAUUAGUUCUUUUGUAACGUGGUGUUCAAAAUGAAAUUGAAAACUGGCACCCCAUCUCUUUAAAACAUCUGCUAAUUUGAAUUCUAGUGCCCGUUAUUCAUUACCACCUGUUUUCAUUGUGCUGAUUUUUGGUGAUCAAACCUCAGCCCCCUUCAUAUAGCCCUCUCCUUUUUAAAAAUUACGUGCAUGCAUAGAGGGCCCACUUUUCCCAGGCUAUGCUUUUUCAGUCUUAUGAUAAAUAAGAUUGACCAAUGCGAGUGUUCACAACGACUUUCCAGUUGGCCCUGAAGUUCUAACUUGUGAUUGCUUCACUCCUGGACUAUGAUUUUCAGUGGGAGAUGAAAGUUUUUCAGAGAAGUGAACUGUGGAAAAAUGACCUUUCCUUAACUUGAAGCUACUUUUAAAAUUUGAGGGUCUGGACCAAAAGAAGAGAAAUACCAUGCUGGCAUCAAGAUGACAGAGAUGGCGAGGGUAACGACUAACUCAAAGAUGGUUUCACUGAAAAGAAAGUGUUUUAAGAUACAAGAAAAGUCUUAUUAGAAGAUCUCAGAGGGGUGCCUGGGUGGCUCAGUUGGUUAAGUGUCUGACUUCGACUCGGGU